AUGACAUCCGUUUAAACACAAGCUAAAGAUCAAUCGAACACUGAAUAUGCAGUGGUAAAGAAUGCUGAUAUGUCCGAGCAAAUGCAAUAGCAUGCAGUAGACUGUGCCAACUAUGCAUUCAAGGAAAAGCGCAUCCUAGAUGAUAUUGCAUAGAUUCUUAAAACUGAAUUCGAUACUAUGUAUGACCCCACAUGGCAUUGUAUAAUUGGUAGGGGUUUCGGGUCAUAUGUAACUCACCAAGCCAAAAACUUUAUAUUCUUCUACUGGGGUGAAGUGGGAGUGCUUUUAUGGAAGACAGAGGCUUGA